CCAGCCGCUGCCCCCAUCUCGGACCCCAGCUUCGGCUCGCAUUUUGAUGACUUCGGAAAUUACAAGGUCGUGCUACUAGGUGACGGUAGCCAUGGCACGUCGGAAUUCUACGCCGCGCGCGCGGGGAAUAACCAAGCGGCUCAUCGAGCAGCAUGGGCACACGAUGGUGGCCUCGAGGCGGACUGGCCGACGCUGAGGCCAUCGAUCGCUACGUCCGCCAGCGUCCCGGCCCUAAGGCGGGCAUUUGGUGGCAAGGCUCGCGACCUCCGAGCCCUUCAACGGCCCCUGGGUUGGACGAACCCUCCGCGUACGGGCUGGCCUCCGCUCCGCGGGAUGGAGGACUGCGAGCGCGGGGUGCUGCAGAUGCUGCGCGACCUGCUGGACAAGCGGCUGCAAUACGCGCAGCACGAUGUGCGCGACGGGGAGGAGUUCCACAGCGGCGAGCAGAACGCGUUUGUCGUCCGCGACGCGGAGCGCUACUACAAGGCCAUGUACUACAGUUCCGCCUCCUCGUGGACACUGCGCGACACGCACAUGUUCGACACUCUGCGACGGCUGUUCCGGCACAAGCCCGCUGACGCCAAGGCCAUCGUCUGGGCGCACAACUCGCACUGCGGCGAUGCGCGCUAUACCAGCAUGGGCACGCGCCGCAAAGAGGUCAAUAUCGGUCAGUUGAUCCGAGAGAAUUUUGGCCGCGAGAAUGUCGCAAUCCUCGGAUGUGGCACGCAUACUGGCACCGUGGCCGCCGCCCACGAAUGGGACGAGGAUAUGCAGGUAAUGAAGGUGCGGCCGUCUCGUGAUGAUAGCUGGGAGAUCAUCGCCCACGAUACGGGAAUCCCCAACUUUGUGAUUGAUCUGCGCAAGGAACACCUCGAUCCUGCUUUGCG